AUGCCUCCGCAUGUCUAUCAACCACUCACGCAGACCAACACCGGGUCGUUCAGUCUUCCCGCUACAUCCGCCCCAGAUCAGUCACCCGAGGAAAUCGCCUCCCCCGCCCCUAUACCAGCCCAUCCAGUCGAAACUUCCUCCCCUGAGCCCCACUCUCUCGUUCCGCUCCCCCGUACACCCCCAAGGACCCCUUUACCAGACGACCUGACCCUGUACAUCCUCGAAGUUUGGGCCCGCGCCAUCCGCCCUCCGCCAAUCCCUCCUCAUGUCUACCUGGCCGCUACCACAAUGUGCCUUCACCUCCCGGGUACCACUGACCGGCAAUGGCGGAUCGAGUACAAAGAUGGGGUACAGGAUUGGCCUUCUCUUGGUCCGCGCCGUACUGUUCGGCUGAUUGCUUGGGUGAGUCCCCCCGUAGACGGAGGUGAAGAAGCACAAUGGGCAGGGGAAAUCAUGGUUCACCUGAAACUCGGGGAUGAGGGGAUGGUAGAGAGUGUUUUCUGGCGCUUUGGACCGGGAUCAAGGACAGCGGACAAUGCAUGGGACGAUUGGAGGCGGUAUAGCGAGGAUCGAUACAAGGCUGCGAAUGGCGCGGAUGACGAGCUGAACAGUCAGACGAUGAGGGAUUGGAGUGUGGUCACUGAGCCUGGGACUGUUCGUACUAUCGCUGUCGGCGUGGAGGAGGGGCUUGGGGUGAAGUUGUCGAGCGAGCGGAUGGAGGAGCUGGAGGAUAGGCUGAAGAGGGUCCUGACCAAACUUCAGCACGAAGGAAAGGAAAUUCGGCGGGUCGCUGUCAUGAAGCGACUGAGGAGGUCGAGACAUGUUUGGAUGCCUUCGGUGCCUGUGCAAGUGCUAUGCGUCGAGGAAAAGCAAGCGGAUCCGGCGGUUGUUAACAGUGGCGGAGAGGGAAGCCGCGAUGGGAUGCGAGAGGGAAACGGAGUCGUUCAUGCGACAAUCAUCGUGGAUCGUACGAGUCGCGGAGGAAUACGCACGAUGACUGUGAUGUAUGCGGGAGAGGAGCCGAUCGUCCGUAUUUACCGGAGCAAGUAUCCGCCACCCGAGCUGGAGGGCGAUGCGACGGAGAGAUCCUUGGGCAGGGUGGAGCGCUUGGUGGUUGGUGUGGACGAGGCGGGAGAUCUAGGAGGCGGGAUGUAG